GGAGAAGCCGUCGGCCCUGUCUUUUCUCCCAUCAUGCUUUGCUUUUUGACACUUCUUCAGAGGACACGGCAAGAGGUCAGCCUAUCAGACUUUUAGCGCAGAGAUUGAAAUCAGUCAAAAUGUCUGACGUAAUUGAAGAGAAGAUCAAGAACUACAGAACGGCUCCUUUUGAUGCCCGAUUCCCCAACACCAACCAGACCCGAAACUGCUUCCAGAAUUAUCUGGACUUCCACAGAUGUAACAAGGCUCUUACAGACAAAGGCCAGGACGUGGCACCCUGUGACUGGUACCAGAGAGUCUACAAGAGCCUGUGUCCCUUGAGCUGGGUGGCAAAAUGGGACGAUCAGAUUGAAGCUGGAAGUUUCCCCGGGAAAAUCUAAAUGGACACAUUCCAUGACUUCUUCCACUGAUCUCGCGUCCUUUCCGCCGACUUCCCUAAUGCACAUCUUAAUGUCUCUGUCAAGCAUUUGGAUGUUUCUGUAAAAAUGACUAAUAAAUAUUUUAAUGUUA